AUUUUCUCACGAUAGUGGAUGAUUUUAGUCGAGCUACAUGGGUAUAUUUUCUUCGUUAUAAGUCUGAGGUUGGUCGAUAUUUGAUGAUUUUUCUUCAGUAGGUGCAGACGCAGUUUAGUCGUUGUGUGCAAUGCAUCCAAACAGAUAAUGGACUUGAGUUUAAUACUCAUGUAUUGCAGCAGUAUUAUGACAGUGAAGGGAUCGUUCUUCAGACCUCUUGUAAUGACACACCACAACAAAAUGGUGUGGUUGAACGAAGCACAGGCAUCUUCUGGAUAUGGCUUGGGCUUUUUUUCAGGCUAGUCUUCCCCUUUGGUUUUGGGGAGAAUGCAUUUUAACUGCUGCUUAUCUUCUCAAUCGUCUACCGACAGUUGCUACUAGUAAGAUUCUGUUUGAGCGUCUUUUUGGGAAGCCCGCUCAAUAUUCUCACCUUUGUGUUUUUGGUUGUCUGGCUUACUGCAAAGACACUCAUUCUGGGCUCGAUAAGUUUGCCGAGCGUGGACGUGCUUGUGUUUUUCUUGGCUAUGCCUCUAGUCAGAAAGGGUAUCAUGUUUAUGAACUCACCAGUAAGAAACUUUCACAUCUCGUGCGUUGUUUUCCACGAGAUCGUCUUCCCCUUCCAGCAGGAUCAUCGUUCUGACUUUCAUUGGGUUCCUUGUUUCGUGCUUGAGGCUCGCAACAAAGAAGAUCUUGAGGUUCCCGACGAACACCUGUCGCCUAAUCCUCCACUAAAUGAGCAGGUUUCCCCUGCUUCUCCUCCGUUUUCUCCUACCCAGUCGGUCACUUCCCCCUCCAAACCUGUACCUCAUAAUGUUGAUGCUUCUUCACCCGCGGAGGCUCCUUCUUCGGUCCAUAAUGAUGAAGCAAUCACUUCAUCCGCGACCUCACCAUCUCCAAGGCCCGAGCUCACUCCACCCCGGCGUAGUGAUCGUGUGAAGACCAUUCCACGACGCCUGGAUAUUUAUGAUCUUCCUCCCAUUCCUGGACACCCUACUGCGUCCUCCGCAGCUAAGUACCCACUCUCAGCUUUUGUUUCUUAUGAUGGUUUCAAUCUGACUUAUCAUAGUUUUUUGGCUGCAGUCUUGUCCCACAUGGAACCUCGGUCAUUUCAAUAGGCGAUUAAUGAUCUGCGUUGGCGUGAGGCCAUGUCCAAGGAGAUUUAUGCGCUAGAACAAAAUGGCACUUGGAGUUUGGUGCAUCUACCUCCUGGUAAACGUGCUAUCUCUCCCAAAUAGGUCUACAAAAUCAAGUUCAAGCCUGAAG